GUUUCCCUCCUUAUCAUGAUAUACCUCAUGAUGAAUUCUUAGCAAUGAAAAUUUGUAAUGGGUUGAGGCCAAAAUCUAAUUAUAAAAUACCUCAAUUAAUUCUUGACAUUAUUAAUCAAUGUUGGGACGCAGACCCAUUAAAACGACCUAAAGCAUAUGAAUUAGAAGAUUUAUUUACUAUAUUGUGGUCUGCUUGCGAUAGUUCUGAUUCUUUAAUCAGUGAGCAAGCUAAAGAAGCAGAUGAAAUUAACAAAAAGUCAUCUUCAACAGAUCAGUCAACAUUAUUAUCUACUAGUACACUCUCAUAUAUAACACAUCCUCAAGCAGUUUACACAAGUAGACUUUUAGAUUAUAAAAAUCUUCCAGAACCAAAAAAUUCUAACAAUGAUGAUUCAGAAUAUUCAGAUUCCUUAAGAAUGGAUUUUACUAAACUUGAUAUUAAUUCUAAAGGUAAUUACUUUUGCAUGUGA